AUCAGCUGUGUCCAAUCACAGCUCAUCACAUGCGACAUGUACACUGAUCAUCAGGGCACUGAUGAUCAGUCCCCAGCGGUGCCACCUAUCAGUGUCCAUCAGUGCCAGCUGUCAGUGCUCAUCCAUGCCACCAGCCAGUGCCCAUCAGUGGCACAUCAGUGCCACAUUUCAGUGCACAUCAGUCCCACAUAUCAGUGCCCAUCUGAGCUGCCUUUCAGUGUCACCCAUCAGUGCCAGUGCCACCCAUCAGUGCCAGCCAGUGCCACCUAUCAG